AUGCCCCUGCUGGAGUUCCUGCGGAAGACUGGAGACGACGGCCAGAUCGCCCACUGGAUUCAGAAGCCGCGGCGCGAGGAGGUGCUCGUCGUUGCCUUCGCAGCAUGCGUGAAGGAGGGCGGCAAGCUGCCAUUCCAGAAGUUCCGUGUGGGCGCCACGAAGAAGGAGUUCAAGGCCUUUGCUGGGAGAGAGGAGCAAGGCGCCGACGACUUCCGCGCGUUCGCCAAGUGGCACGUCGAGGAGAAGCUGAACGCGGAGAUGAGCGGGCAGGUGCAGAUCGACCACCUCGAGGUGGCCUCGCUCGCAGACUUUGCCAACGACUACCCGAUGAACGGCGAGAAGAUCGUCGCUGUCGACCACGUCUACCGCCUGAACGACAAGUUCUUCGGCCAGUGGCUGGCGCUGCACGUGCCUUUCUCGAACAGCAUGGACGAGCUCCUGGACGCGGACGUCGAUCGCCUGGUGCCCAAGAAGUACCGCUGGUUCGCCACGGCGCUGCGGCGCUGCGACGACCACGACUGCGUGCCCGUCGAGCUCCGCGACUUCUGGAGGCUGCCCCACAGGAUCAGGAGCGAGAUGAAGCAGGAGGCCAGCACCGACGACCACAUCGAGGACGUCCAGGAGAUGGUCCACGGACAGAUGGAGCUGGUGGACGAGUACCUGUCGGGCGCACGCAACCGCGCCGAGGAGGAGACAGCCGCGGCGGCUGCGGUGGCGGCGAGCGGCCGCCGCGGGAGCGCUGGCCCCGCCGCCCCGCACCAGUUCAACGCCCAGCAGAAGAAGGUGGAGAAGGCCGUCAACAAGGCCGUCGACCGCGCCGUCAUCUAUAACCACAGCGACAGCGCCUCCGCGAUCGAGCGAGCGGGCGACGAUGCCUGGCAGAACAACACGCCGACCAUCGUCCUUGGCAAGCCAGGCACGGGCAAGACCACCGUCGUCAAGGAGUGCAUCCGCCGCGCCUGCGAGAAGGGCGCCCAGGUCCUCUUCGCGCUGCCCACGGCGCAGCUCGCGAGCCGCAUGAAGGAGGCCCUCCGCGGCAUCCAGAACGUCUGCGUGGACACCUGCCACGCGGCCUUCAAGUUCGGCCAGCCCGAGUCCGAGACGCUGCACCUCAUGAGCUCCUACGACAUGGUCGUGGUCGACGAGAUCUCGCUUCUCGACAUGCCCCACUUCGAGAAGCUGAUGAAGAUGUGGGCCGCGGCGCAGAAGCUCCCAGCCUUUGUCAUCCUGGGCGACAAGUACCAGCUGCCCGCCAUUGACGCGGUCAAGAACGGUCGCCCCUGGGAGAGCGCCGCCUGGAAGAAGUGCAGAGUGAUCACCCUGCACCAGGCCUGGCGCUGCAAGGACCCCGAGUUCCUCAAGGUCCUCGACAAGCUCCGCGUGGACAAGCCCAGCAAGAAAAUGCUCAGGACCAUGUGCCGCGGCCGCAAAGCCUGGAACUGGGAGCACCCCGACGCGGACGACAUCAAGCGCCACCUCGACGAGCAUCCAGAGACCGUCAUCGUCACGUGCACGCGCCACAAGGCGGAGGAGCUCAACAACCUCGCCGUGGAGGGCCUCUACGCGGGGCGCAGGCCCAUCGCGGUGAUCGACGGGGACAUCGACAUCAACCCCGAGAACUACACCAAGGACGGCUUCCGCGACGACCGCAGGCCCAUUCCUGCCAAGGUGCCGAUCUACAGAGGUGCUCGUCUCUACCUCACACAGAACGUGCGCAAGGAGGACGACUACGUCAACGGCAUGGCCUGCACGGUCGAGAGGUUCACGCCGAACGGCGACGGCGGCGCGCUCCUCGUCCGCACCAAGACGAACCAGCUCCUGCCCAUCACCGAGUGGACCAAUAAGAAGGUCGAUGGCCGCAGCGUGCGUCAUUUUCCUAUCAGGCUCGGCUACGCGAGCACCAUCCACAAGGUGCAGGGCGAUGAGUUCAAGCACAUCACCGUCGUGCUUGACAAGCAGUUCUGCCCCGCGGCGGGCUACGCGGCGUUGUCGCGCGUGGAGCGCGCUGCCGACUACAAGCUUGCGGGCACGUUGACGCCCGAGCACUUCGUGCCCGCCACCUGGAUGGAUCCCUCCUGA